CGAAGUACAUAUUCCAUUGGAAGACGGAAGACGGCAAUCACCGCGACUACGAGCUUCUCUACUUCUGGGUCGAGUUGUUGAAUGGUUCGGCGUGGGGUUUUCCCAACUUUCGUUCCAUUGGAUGGGUAGGAUCUUGUGCUGACAGGGAGGACGGACUGUCCAAAAAUACCAUGCCCGUUCCAACAUUGAACGACGAUAUGCCAAUGUUGGAAAAAUAUCGACAACGUUCCAAGUUUGAGCCAAUUGCCAUGGUCACGCUCAAUCCUUCCCAACCCCACGCUUGUCCUCCCACCCUCUCUCCCACGCCGCCCGCCGUUUGCAAAGACGGCACAGCGUCUGUUGAACUACAUCGCAACCUAUGGGAGCAACCGGAAACCACCUUCCAGUUCAAUUUGGAAUGGGACGGUUUCGGCUCCUGGUUGACUGGUUGA